ACCCUAGACGUAGUGGAAAUAUAUCGACUUCUAGGGAUUCAGAAAAACCCAUUUGAAUCAGGGUUUUGAGGAGGAGAGCCGAGAAGGGGCGGGCGAGUCAGAAGGGAGAUCGAUCGUUCAUUCAUUCGUUCACCAUGGGGCGUAUGCACAGUCGAGGAAAAGGUAUUUCCUCUUCAGCACUACCCUACAAGAGGACUCCCCCAAGUUGGCUGAAGAUUUCAUCUCAGGAUGUGGAGGAGAACAUCUGUAAGUUUGCCAAGAAGGGUUUGACACCAUCACAAAUUGGUGUAAUUCUUCGCGACUCUCAUGGGAUUGCUCAGGUCAAGAGUGUGACAGGCAGUAAAAUCUUGCGAAUUCUGAAAGCACAUGGCCUUGCACCAGAAAUACCAGAGGAUCUGUAUCAUCUGAUUAAGAAGGCAGUUGCAGUAAGGAAGCAUCUUGAGAGGAAUCGCAAGGAUAAGGAUUCUAAGUUCCGCUUGAUUUUAGUGGAGAGUAGAGUCCAUAGGUUGGCAAGAUAUUACAAGAGGGUCAAGAAGCUGCCACCUGUUUGGAAAUAUGAAUCAGCAACUGCCAGCACUCUUGUGGCUUAAGAUUCUUUUGGAGUUACAGAAAAUGUUGUGCCACUAAUUUGGUGUGGCAUUCUACAAGUGGAUUCUAGUUGUAACAACCUGAUGAUGAAUUGUAUUUGUGCAAUACAAAUGUUUGUAGGCCAAUUUCCUAAUAGUUUUAUCCAUUUUCAUAGUAUUAGUUGUUGGGAAUUAUAACAAGAGAUGCAAAUUUUGGUCAUGAAACGAGAGACAUAAUUUGUUAAUUGUUGCAGAGCUUCUAUUUUGAAAUGGUUUUGAGCUGUGCUUUUAAAAUUCCCAAUCACACUUCUGUUCUAUUUGAA